UGGACCGAUGAGGCUCAUUUUGUGUUGGAACGCGCCUCACUGCGCUCGAAUUGUGAUAUAUGCCGAACUGUGGACUGAAGCAUACUAGAGUCAACAGACUCUUGGUGUCAACAUUUUCAAGUUAACAGUUAUCAACAAGACACUACUGUGACUUGACCAAAAACGACCUAAAGAGUGAACUAAUUUGUGAAUGUAACAAGCCCCAACACCAUGGGAAGGAUGGUGUCUGACCCAAAGCGGCUGGUCACUUUCGAGAUCGGCCACCCUGAUGAUGACGGCGAUGACUUUGCUGCUGAUUCAUGUUUUCCUAUAUCGGCGUCGGUAGUCGACGACGAGAAGACUCCGCCAGCUCUUGUGGAUGACAGCGACGACCAAAUAUGCCAGGCAGUUGGGUCCUUCGGGCGAUGGCAGCUCAAGCUUACAUUUCUUCUGUCGUUGGUCAACAUCCCUUGCACGUGGCAUAUCUUCGUGCCUACUUUCCAAGCCGUGUCACCCGAAAAUUUUUGGUGCCAACGGCCACCUGGACUCAGGGACUUGACUCCUGCCAUCUGGAUGAACCUUAGUCACCCUUUCUCCAUCGAUUCGUGGGACCUGGUUUGCUCGAGGCAACAUCUGAAGAAUGUGGCCGAAAUGACGUUCCUUGCCGGCGUUGCCCUCGGAGGCUUGGUGUCCGGCAUGAUAUCUGACAAGUUUGGCCGCAAGAAGACACUGCUAAGCUCCCUCAUCGCCCAGGUCUUGUUCGGCACCAUUAUUGCGUUCAAUCCCUGGUUCGAGAUGCACUGCAUCCUGCGUUUCUGCUUGGGCUUCAUUUCGGUUGGCAUCGUAUUCAGUGGUUUCGUGCUGUGUAUGGAGGUAGUUGGUGGUAAGUGGCGCACCAUUUCUGGUGUGUCGUACCUAUUUCCAGUUCCGCUCAGCUACAUUAUGAUUGCCGGCAUCGCCUACAUGGUGCGUGGCUGGCGGGCCAUACAGCUCGCCAUCACUCUGCCCGCCAUCCUUCUGCUCUCUUUCUUUUGGAUUAUGCCUGAGUCCCCGCGAUGGCUCCUUUCGGUUGGCCGUAAGGAUCUCGUCAUACCCAUCUUGCAGGAAGCGGCGAGAACCAACCGUAUGGUUCUUCCAACCAGCCUAGACAAGCACCUGCAGCAGGAGAGUUCCAGUAUGUCGGGGCAGGACUCUGCCGGCGUCAUGGACCUCUUCCGCACGCCGAACAUCCGCAAGAUAUCGCUGCUGCUCUACGUCAUCUGGUUCUCAGUGUAUCUCGUCUAUUAUGGCCUGGUGCUCAACAUAACUGAAUUUGCUGGCGACCAAUAUGUAAACACUGUCAUCUCUGGGUUGGUAGAGGUGCCUUCCAUCGCUCUCAGCAUUCUGAUUUUGCUGAAAAUGGGCCGGCGCUGGCCGUUUUGCCUCACACUGCUCGUUGGUGGAGUCGCUUGCCUCCUGACGCUGCUCGUCCCCAAAGGUGACUCUACAGAGUGGGUGAGCACAGCACUCGCUAUGGUGGCCAAGUUUUCAGCGUCGGCCAGCAACGCUAUCAUGCCCGUGUUCACUGCAGAGCUGUUCCCCACAGUAGUGCGCAAUGUCGGGGUGGGCGCUAGUAACGUGCCCGCUGGUGUCGCACUCAUGCUCACCCCUUAUCUGUGGAGCCUGAAUAUGUUUGGUGAUUGGGUGCCCAUGACGGUGAUCGGGACCGUUUCGCUCCUUGGCGGAGUUACUGCACUGCUGCUGCCAGAGACUGCCAACGUCCCUAUGCCGCAGACCAUCGAGGAAAGCGAGGCCAUGGGCAGAAAAUGCCGGUCUUCAGCAGCGUCCAUCCAACCUCCGACUUCAGGCAGCGUGGACGAUCCGGCGAGAAACAACAGCGUUAACAGCAACGGCUUCGUAGCAUGAGAUUUACGUCCAUGUGUCGAUUCUUAAUCUAGUUGCUCCGUUCUCAUGUACCAGGACAGAAGUGUCUACGAUGAUUUCUACGCGUUUACGUUGGAUGUUGCAUGAGUGUCUGCUAUCCGCGUCAAAGAAAACCCAAGAGUCCCGAUCCCUUCCCAGUGCCGAGUAGCAGACUGAGACUGUCGCUAUACUCGCAUGAAGGGUGCCCACUCUUCUGACACAGAACACCGCUAUGCGCCCUGCUUUUCCUAUCCCUUUUGAGAGUGGCAAACUAAUGUAAAGUGCAGUGACGUGUCGGCGCUUCGAUCUCGAUGCAAGCUUUAAGGGUAGGGCUACCAGCCCUUCAAAUUCACGAUAGAAGAGUCAAGUGUCAGAACUGUACUAUUGGAACCGAAGAGUCGGCCUGUUAUAUUUAACAGUCUGCAGUAUCGUGUAUGAGAUAUUGUGUGUUCAACUGUGAGUGUGUUCUCUAUUACUAUUGCUACGAGUUUCGGCUAGCUGGCAACGUUUCUUUCCUUUCUUGCAUCUUUUUUUUUUUUUAAAUCUGUUUUUAACGGAAAGAUUUGUUAGCGAAGCCCAUAUUCCGUACUAAAACAGCUCAUUUACACACAGUUCCCCUUUUUAAAUAUUUUUAUAAUAUUUUUAUAACUGAAAUUGCAAAGUCCAUGACAGUAACUACCCGCCUCUAUGUACUAAUAAUUUAUUUUAAGUUCUCUAGUGUACAGUGUACUGUUUUAUGUUUUGAGUGAAAUCGAUUGAGUUUUAAACUAUUAUUGGUUUUAACGAUUAGUGGCUGUGCAAUCACAUGUAAUAAUAUAAGUCUUUGUUUCAUAGCAAAGAAGUAUGAUUAAUAUUGUUACGGGGAGCACGGCCUAUGCCGAGGCACUAUACCAUUGUCUUUAUAAUUUUGUAUGUAAUUUGUUACUUAAUGUUGAAGCUUUACUUUAUAGUUAGCUAUUUGUUAAUGAGAUAAUAUUUGAGUGUGAUACUACCACCCCUUUCCCUCCCCUCCCAAAUUGCUCUUUGUACACAUUUCAAUAUUCAUCACAAUUGCGAGAGCGCCUCACAUUCAAUUCAUGUGUGUUAUCGAAUAAGAAUCACCUCUCUCAGUCAACACUUAUUUUGAUUAGCGCGUACUUUACUUACUGAUAACCUGUUUUAAGUAAACCAACUAUGUGAUAAUGUAUGUGUUGUAAACUCUGAUGGAAUCUCUACAGGAUGUAGUUGUUCUUACGAUUUUAUCAUUAAACCAUAAUUACAUUUCGAAGUAAUCGCCAUUACAUAAAAACCUUUAAUAUUCUAGGGUUACUGUGUCUAAGCGGGCAUAUCUGUUGCCCGCACGCUGAAUUCUCUCUAAAUUAAAUUGUCUGCUUGCACA